CCCGUCCUUAUCUUCGCCGUUAGGGGGCGACAUAUAAGAAAAAAAACAUGCCGAGCGGUGCCAUUGUAGCGCAGAUAGGUAAAGUAUUCGGAUGGGACUCGUAUGUUGACUUAACAAGGUAACAGCUGCGCACGACGUUGUAUGAAUUUGUUACGAGUAUCUUCACAGCGCGUGUGACUUUUGACUGCUUUUGAUGAACGCCCCGUCCCAAAUAUGUUUGUGGGUCAAACCACAAUGCACGAAAGGUGUUAACGGUAGUGGUGCGGAGUGCUGCAAUACGUUAAUGGAAUGGGUGAAGCUAUUUUGCAACGAGGCGUAAAGCUACAGCUACAAAGCUACCUAAAGUAAAGGUGGGCAUGAUGGCGGAGCGGGCUGCCGGCGGCGCAUCUGCCGCCAUCUCUCCAGUGCAGCAGAUGCUGGCUUCUGGCACUGGAGCCCUCAUCACGUCUGUUUUUGUCACUCCUCUGGAUGUGGUGAAGAUCAGGCUGCAGGCUCAGCAGAGCCCCCUCCAUCAAGCUCUAACUAGUGAAGCUGCUCCCUGGGCUGCUGUCACCCGCUCCUCCAAGUGGAGGUGUUUCCUGUACUGUAACGGGCUGAUGGAGCACGUCUAUGUGUGCCAGAAUGGAAGCAGCUGCAGCAGCUGGUACAAAGCACCGACACACUUCAGCGGCACACUGGAUGCAUUUGUGAAAAUCUCUCGCCAUGAAGGACUGAGGUCUUUGUGGAGCGGACUCCCACCCACACUUGUCAUGGCCGUCCCUGCCACAGUCAUCUACUUCACCUGCUACGACCAGCUGCGCGACUUCCUCAGAUAUGGCCUGGGUUUCCAUGGCAACCACAUCCCUCUUGUUGCAGGGGGUCUUGCUAGAUUGGGGGCUGUGACAGUCAUCAGCCCCUUGGAGCUGAUCAGGACCAAGAUGCAGUCUCGCCGCCUCACCUACGGCGAGCUGCGAGUGUGUAUACGCAGCGCCGUGGCCCAGGACGGUCUGCUGUCGCUCUGGCGGGGCUGGGGUCCCACCGUGCUCAGAGACGUCCCGUUUUCUGCAAUUUAUUGGUUCAACUACGAACUGGUGAAAGCUGCCCUGUGUGAACGAUCCCAAACAUCGCAAGCCAACUUCUCCAUCAGCUUCAGUGCAGGAGCCGCCUCUGGAGCCGUCGCCGCCAUCCUGACGCUGCCUUUCGAUGUGGUGAAGACUCGCAGGCAGAUACAGCUUGGAGAGAUGGACGCACAGGGAGUGCCAUUCAAGAAGACCUCAUCCACGUGGACCAUCAUGAAGGAGAUCUGGAAAGAAGUGGGCUACAGGGGUCUCUUUGCAGGUUUCAUGCCCAGGGUGAUCAAAGUGGCGCCGGCCUGUGCCGUCAUGAUCAGCACCUACGAGUUUGGAAAGGCCUUUUUCCAGAAAAUCAACUAUGAUCAUCAACAUGUGGCGUCCCAACUGAAGGCCGGGAAUCUCUCCUAGAGCAUUUUGUUGGUCAGAAGAGGAAAUGCUGGACUGAAUUGAUUUAACUGAGAGCACAGACUGUGUUUUUUAGUACACGUAUCCUGAUCCAGGUUCACAGUAGGGAGGCCUUCGGACCACAUUCCACUGAUCAAGAUGUCACUGGUCGAUCUACUCAAAAUGUUGAACUUCAGAAUCCGAAAUUGCUUUCAUUAACGUUCAGUCAGGCUUGGACUGACGCAAUGCCUCAUGGGAAAUCCAUGAUGAAAGCCUGCAUGAGCACACGAGCAUGUUUCUUGGUCUGAAGACAAAGAUAGUACGACCUGGUACUUCUGAAGCCUGCAAAACAUUUUGGACUUUUGUCUACUAAGUAGAUUAAUGACAAUGUUUGUGUUUUUGUUCUUUUGUAGCAACUUCAGAUGUCUGUUGGUUGAAUGUAUGCAUGUUUUCUGUUGUCAUGUCUGAAACAAAGCCAUAUUCAACCUCUCCUGUGACUGGAACAAAAUGAACGACAAUAUAAUGCUAUCGCAAGCAUCAGAGGCCAUUUUUCUAAAACAUCCUUACAGCUUCAGAAAAAACAUUUUUCACAGUCUGGUGAUGGAUAGAAAAUGAGAUCUGAAUUUAAGUACAGCACUGUCAUGAAAUAUUUUGUUGCAUUAAAACAAAAUGUUUUAUUUUUUAUUUCCAAUUAAAUGGUAUUAGUCAAAAAGACA